CUGGAAAAAUAUUAUCAGCAGCUGGAAGAAGUGUGAAGGACGAAUGUAAAAACUUGGGUCCUAUAACCAUAGAUACGAUUGUACUGACAAAUAGCGGGAAUUUGAAAUGCAAUAAAAUCCUGCAUCUGAUUGGUCCAACAACCUCAGACGCCAUGGUGCCUGCACUCGAAAAAAUAUUAGAAGAAUGUGGAAAACACUCCAUUAAGACAGUAGCACUGCCAGCCAUCGGAACAGGAAAUGCUGGCAUCGACCUCAAUGAGUCAGUUAGUAGAACAAUAGAAGGUCUUAUUCAACAUUUUGAGAAGGUUGCACUUACGAGUCUCACAAAGAUCUGCAUCGUUGCUUUUAAAGACAAGGUUUACCAAGCAUAUUCUCAGGCAUUUAAAAACAUACAGCAAUCAGAUCCAUAUUCUGAAGACAACGAAGAAGAAAUGCCUAAUAACCCAUCGACAUGGACUGACAUGGGCACUGAUGAAUUUCAGACAGUUGAGCUUUCAAGGGAUUCAAUAGAAUUCAAGGAUGUUGAAAAUAAAUUCCUUGAAUCAAUUCAUACUUCAAAUUUUAAAGUGAUUAAGAUCAAAAGGGUGCAGAAUGUGAAACUGUGGAGAAGUUACUGUGUUCGACAAGCGUCUGUUAGAAUGCGUCUUCAGUAUGAGAAAAAUGAAAGACUCCUUUUUCAUGGCACCUGUCUGGAAUUUAUCCCACAGAUAAUCCAAUAUGGGUUUAACAGGAGUUAUUCUGGUAGAAAUGGUUUGGCUUAUGGACGUGGAACAUACUUUGCCCUAAAUGCAUCGUAUUCUUGUUGUGACACAUACUCUGCUCGUGAUAAAGAUGGGAACAAACAUGUCAUCCUGGCUGCUGUAAUCACUGGAACGUGGAGAAAGGGGAAACGCAACUAUAUAGAUGCACCACCAACUAAGGAAGACCCAGAAACACGUUGUGAUUGUGUAGUGGAUAAUGUCAAUAACCCCACAGUCUUUGUAAUCUUCUGUGAUGAUGGUGCCUAUCCCAAAUACAUAAUCACCUUUAAAUAGGCUACUGAGACUACUUAAAAGACCUUCUUCCACACUGCAGUGAUAAGUUAUAUUUAGGGGGGAGGUUUUAGGGGGGAAAAACCUUGUCAGUUAAAGGAACAGUAACACCAAUAAAUGAAAAUGUUUUAAAUGAAUGAAAAUAUAUUGU